AAAAAUAAUCGAACAACACACAUACACGCAGGCACGCACGGACGGGAGAAAGGCGCUCCGUGCAGCAGAGAAAAAAGUGUACGGAACAACGGGUUCGGGCUAGUUCUGAAGGACGGGUACACUUUUUACCCUUCUGCCGUGCUAAAUCGUCGAUUAAAUAGCUUCACUCUGUGCAGUUCCCGUUGCCGUGCUAAAGCGAUAAUUCAACGCAUUUUGGUGUGGUGAUUGUUGCCCACUGUGAUAGGAGUUUUUUUUUCCAUUAGCCCUAGUGGCCAACAACACAUCAAGAGGGAAAACAUCAUCACUACCACCAUCAUCAUCAUCAUCAUCAUUAAAACAAGGGCAACUCCGAAACGGCAGCCCUUCUGCGAGAUCAGUUUUCGUUCGUUUUAUUGUUUUUGUGCGUGGAGUGCCAUUGCUUUCACGGCCACCGACACCACCACCACCAGCGCAGCAGCUAAAACAUGUCGAUGUGUUCCGUUUCCUGAUAGUACGUGUUAGUGCAGCGGGAGUGUGUGCGAGGCAAGAUACACUAAAUGAGAGCAAGAUGAUGUGCACAUGAUGACGAUACGAAGCUAUGCUGGCCAGUGGUUGCAGUGUUUGGACGGUGCAAGAAUCAAUCAUCAGUGCACCAGUGACGGGGGUGGGGGGGCUAGUGUGCUCGAAGGAUCGUUCGUGCGGUGAAGGUAGCAGGAACUAGAACAAAAGCAGCAAUAGAAAGUGGAGCGCAACGUAACAACAGGCCGAAAGGGUCUUGCUUAACAUUGCUUCAUCUCGCGAGCGAUGCAUAGCAGCAGCUUCUAACGGUGUUAGAAGCGAACAGCGAGCAGCUAAGCAAACACCCUCAAACCAUCACGUUACACCAACACCUCAGCUCCACGUACGCGAAUUCCCGUUCCGUCAACACGGGGGGCGCAACCGGGCGCAGUGAAAAUAAACCACCCCUACAAACGGUAUUCUGGUUCGCGUUGCAUUCCCGGGCAAACCCGAAUAAGGCGAGUUGGUCAAGAAGAUUGCGUGGCACGUCGUCGAGCCUGCGGUUGCCCGAGCAACCACAACACCACUUGAUCGCGGGAGGAAGAGCGAAACGACUGGAAGUGGCCCUAAGGAAGUGCUUACACAGUUAAAGCGGUGUAUUUAGUAACGAUCAAAAUGCGAACAGUUAUAAACGCUCGGGGUGGUGGGACAGCCUCGACCGGCCAUCGACCGAUCCACGAGCUGCUCACCUUCAUCGCGAUGCUAACGGCGGUAGUGCUGGGGUGGGCCACCCUUGCAUUGGCGGAGCAGAUCCCAACCGUACCAACGCACAACAUGUCCAACAAGGAGCGAAACGAGCUUAAAGAGGAAGCCAGGGAAAUGUUCUACCACGCGUACCGGGCGUACAUGGACAAUGCCUACCCGGCGGAUGAGCUGAUGCCGCUGAGCUGCGCCGGCCGCUACCGUGGUGUCACGCCGUCCCGUGGCGACCUGGACGAUACGCUCGGGAACUUUUCCAUGACCUUGGUGGAUACGCUCGACACGCUGGUGGUGCUGGGCGAUCUGGAAGAGUUUGAGCACGCCGUCAAACUGGUGAUCAAGGAUGUAAAGUUCGAUAACGACAUCAUUGUGUCGGUAUUUGAAACCAACAUUCGCAUGAUCGGUGGCCUUCUGUCCGGACACAUUCUGGCGGAGUAUGUGCAGAAACAGGCGGACGUGAUGACGUGGUACCGUGGCGAACUGCUCGAGAUGGCAAAGGAUCUCGGCUACCGGUUACUGCCUGCAUUUAACACGUCCACGGGCAUACCCCACGCAAGGGUAAAUCUGAAGCACGGCAUGAAGGUGGAAGCGUUGCGCCACUCGCGCGAAACCUGCACCGCCUGUGCCGGCACGAUACUGCUGGAGUUUGCCGCCCUGUCCCGGCUCAGCGGUGAGCCGAUCUUCGAGGUGAAGGCACACGCGGCAAUGGAUGCGCUGUGGAAGAUGCGCCACCGCAGCUCCGAGCUGAUGGGCACGGUGCUGAACGUACAUUCCGGCGACUGGAUACGGCGCGAGUCGGGCGUCGGGGCCGGUAUCGAUUCCUACUACGAGUACUGCCUGAAGUCGUACAUACUGCUGGGCGACGAGCGCUACCUGGCUCGGUUCAACCGCCACUACCAUGCGAUCAUGAAGUACAUCAGCCAGGGACCGAUGCUGCUGGACGUGCAGAUGCAUCGGCCGCAUACGAAGACGCGCAACUUUAUGGACGCACUGCUUGCCUUUUGGCCCGGGCUGCAGGUACUGUCGGGUGAUUUGAAACCGGCGGUACAGACGCACGAGAUGCUUUAUCAGGUGAUGCAGAUGCACACGUUCAUUCCGGAAGCAUUUACGUUCGAUUUCCAGGUCCACUGGGGUCAGCAUCAUCUUCGUCCCGAGUUUAUUGAAUCCACGUACUUCCUAUACCGUGCCACGGGUGAUCACUAUUAUUUACAUGCGGGCAAAAAAGCACUGAAAGCACUGCAGAAACACGCACGAGUUCCUUGCGGCUAUGCCGCGGUUAACGACGUGCGCACGGGAAAGCACGAGGAUCGCAUGGACUCGUACGUGCUUUCCGAAACGUUCAAGUAUCUCUUCCUGCUGUUCUCGGAUCCGGCCGAUCUGAUACUCAACAUCGAAGACUUUAUCUUCACUACCGAAGCACAUCUGCUGCCACUGACGUUGGGCCAACUGGGGAACCAUACCUUCACUGGCGUACGCGACCAGGACGAGCAGGUGCACAUGCUCGACUACAUGCGAUCCUGCCCGAGCCCGAACAAGUUGUUUCCUGAAACAGUCCGGCGCCCACUCCGUGACCUCGUUACGGGAGUCUGUCCGCGCAUAUCGAGUGCCAAGCGACUUAGAGCGGCUGACUUUCAGGCAAGCAAUACGGAUCAUCUACGAACAGUUUAUGACAUGGGCAUUACGAUGGUUUCUCUAGGCGAGGGCAAGGUGCAGCUGCUGCACAGCUUCCAUAAUGCCAAAUCGCCGGAAGAUGCCGAACGGGGUCUAAUUUUCAUGCAAGAGAUGGUGGAGCUCUCGAACUCCAACUCCAUUCCCAAUACGCAGCUGCAGGCCGUCGCCUACAAGCGGGAGGGUGAGCGUGAGAUGCGCAUCCUCGAGGCCGGCCCCAGCCAUUUCGGCAUGGAGCUGGUGAACGAUUUGUCCGUGGUGCAGCGGGCCGUCUUUGCCAAGCCGGCAAAGGUUUGCUCGGCACUGAAAAAUGCGGAAGAAAUUCGGGGAAAGAUUGUAAUUAUCGAGCGAGGCGAGUGUACGUUUGUCGAUAAAGCGAGACGCGUAGAGUCGGCGGGUGCCGUGGCUGCAAUUGUGAUCGAUAAUACGCCAAACACGUCGAUCAACAAUCAGCAAAUGUUUGCCAUGUCGGGCGACGGGCGGGACGACGUGCUGAUCCCGGUAGUGUUCCUCUUCACCAAGGAAGCGGAACAGCUCAUCAAGGCGAUCAAGGAGCAGCCCUCCCUUGAGCUCACGCUAAUGUCCGUGACGGCGCUGAAGGAAAAGCUGGCCCGCGCAAGCAUAACGAAGACUGACACGAAAAGUAGUGACUCAAAAGUGACGCCAUAGUAGUAGCAGUGCCGAGUAGAGCCCGAGUUACUAGUGUGUAGCCGUGAACGAUAUUGCCGCCGAUCAGGGAAGUAGGGAGACGACAAACAAGGGAAAGAAGGUGGUCCCCCCUUCGGGAGUGUUCUUCAUGCAGCGUUCCACCGGAUCUGGUAACACUUGAUCCGCAAAUCCUCUCACGUCUGUAUUCCGAUGUGACCGACGCACGACUACCGACGCCCGGGUUAGAUAGUAAUGAAUUGAUUAGCAAAAUGUCGCAGCAGCUGCUGGGAGGGGGAAGUAGCACUGUUGUUGAGUGGUUCUAGAGAAAAGAGGGAAUGGCGGGAGUAAAAGAAUGGCAAUCGAAAGACGUGCAAAACAAACGUGCUUUCGGUGUGUUUGCUAGCAAAAGUUAGACGAAUUACACACACGUAAAAAUGGAGGUUGCAUUAGGGCAAGGGACCGAUAAAACAAUUAUCGUUGUGCAAGAAAUGAACACAUGGAACAUCGCAAAUGAAUGAGAUGCGAAUGCGUGUGUGUGUCUGAGAGAGAGAAAAAGGGUAUAAGAAUAUGCAUUCAAGUGUGCAUUCUAGUGAGUAUUGUUCUGUUCGUUUCUCAACCCUAACGCAAAAAAGUGAUACAUUAGUGUAUAGUUAAGCUAAAACGGAAGGCAAAAGAAACGCAAACGCAAGCAAAACGGUAUCUCUAGUGUAGUGUAAAUUCGAAAAAGGACGAAAAAGAGAGGAGAGGGCCAAGCAUCGUAUCAGCGAUGGAGUUAGUAAAGAAAAGGGAUUUAACUUUCAAAUUCAAUUGCACUGCUAGUUCCCUUCGAUGCAGAAAGGACCGAUUUUUUGUUUGUUUGUAUUUUGAUUUCCUUCACGUUCAUUCCUUUCUGUGUGCAAUUCGUUUCCUGCUGCAAUUACAAUUAUAUUUCCAAUCGCUGCUUUCUAUAGCCACGCGCACGCUCACAAACAUAUCGCUAACGGGGGCUUCUUUUUUGUGCAGUUUCUGGACAAGCCUUUUUUGCCAUGCUUAUCUUAUCUUACCUAUGUAAGUUCUGUUAUCUCUACCAUUUACCUGAUAUUAUAGCCGCUUCGGAACAGUUAAAUGGAGAGUUUAUCCUUACCGAACUGUUUUUGUACACGAAUAGCAAACAUAUAUUUUAAUUACUGAUUUAUUCAAUAUCGCCUAAAACACACACACACACACACACACACACACACACACACACACACACACACACACACACACACACACACACACACACACACACACACACACACACACACACACACACACACACAGAGAGAAAUGUGCGCAGCUCACUUUCGUUAACAGUUUACAAUUUACAUUAUUUCGCUAGCAAAGAAAUGUUGAAGAGUAUAUGAAGAUGGCAAGAAUGAAAAAAAUGAUGUCGUCAAAAGCGCGGAGUUAGACAAAUGAAGCGAGAAGCGAGAAAUCCGUCGAUAGCACCAAAUUUU